UGUUAUGUUUUUUUAAUGUUAAGAAAUAAAGUCUUACAGAAUUUAUCUCCGAAUACAGAAAAUAGUGAAGAAAAUGGCUGUUACUCGUGUUUUUGCUGGUGCUUUUAAUAUAGCGAAAAGAACUAGUUAUAGUCAAUUAAUCAAAGUUUCAUCAAGAUAUUUUCACGUGUCAAACUGCGCAUUCGCAGAAAGGUUAUAUACUAAUAAACAUGAAUGGGUUGAGGUGCAAGGAAAAAUAGGGAUAGUUGGGAUAUCUCAAUAUGCUCAGGAAGCUUUGGGGGAUGUUGUUUAUGCACAAUUACCUGAUGUAGAUACAGUUCUUAAACAGAAAGACGAAUGUGGGGCUUUGGAAAGCGUGAAAGCAGCUAGUGAAAUAUACAGUCCUAUAUCUGGGAAAGUUCUGGAGAAAAAUAACGAAGUAGAAGAUAAACCUUCAUUAAUAAACACUUCUUGUUAUGAAAAAGGAUGGUUAUUCAAAGUAGAAUUAUCCAAUGAAAGUGAAAUAAAAGAAUUAAUGACUGAAGAUAAGUACAAAGAAUUUUUGAAAACUGUAGAAUCUCAUUAAUAACAGUUGUUAGGAAAUAUGUUAUUUUUUUGUUGUAACUUUAUAUGUGAAUAAAAAAAUAAAAAUAAUGA